GCGCUCUGCACGCACACGCACGCAGACUCGCCCGCUGAUCGUCGAGCACCAGGGCCCCCACCCCGCGUACAGCCACCUGGGGCACUGGCGCCAGCAGGCACUGUCACGGCAGGCCACACCCAGACCCACCUGCCGGGCGCACAAGCGCUUGCCCACAACACACACAGCCACUCUGCCCAAGGGCCUGGGGCAGAAGGGCGCUGUGGGGGGCGGGGGCCCGGAAGGGAGCAGGGCCGCCGGCGGGCCAGGGGUCUGAUGCCCGCGCUGUUCUCCUGUUCUCCGCGCAUCCCCCCGGGCCGGGGCUCGGGGCUCGAGAGGACCAAGCGUUAAAGAGGGUGCAGGCAGCGCGCGGACGGCCCCCCUUCCCGGCCAACGACCGGCGCGCCUGGCUCGGCCCGCCCCAGCCUUCCCCAGGCCUGCCGCGUCGGGGAAGGAAUUCUGGGGGAGGCCGCCGAGCAGCAGCAUUCCUCGCACGGGGAGGGGGGUGCCGGCGGCCUGCGGCUCAGCCUCAGUUUCCCCACCUGCACGGGGGGAGGGACGGGUGCUUGCCUGCUGGAGCAGAGCUCAGGUUGGGGGACAGGAGACCGUUCGAAGCGGCACCUGGGGCAGACGGACCAAUGCUCUGCCUGGCCAGCGGGGAGCAGCCUCUCCCAGGCGGGGAUGUCCACCCCGCCACCCCCAGAGCCGUCCUGGCUGGCUCCCUCCAGCUGCUCCAGCCCCUCUAGUCUCAAGCACGCACAAAAUCUCCGAACUUGCUGUUGUCACAUGCACCCCGGGCAGGGGACCUCACCUCCCGGAGCCCUGGAGUGCCCCUCAUGGGGGAGCAAUGCUACCUGCUCCGUAACGGGGAAUGAAGACCAAAAGCGAUGGUGGCCAUUGGGUUGGCUGCCACCGACUGCCGGGGGGACCCCUGUGCCACCACCGUGGGCCGGCAGAAAGGAGGAGCCCAGGAAUGGCCCUGCCCGGAGGGAGCCACGUGCUGGCUUGUCAGCCUUUUCCUCUAAGGGGAGGUGUGCGGGGCCGCGAGCCAUGAGCGGAGCCGUGAGGAGUCUGGACUCGCCGGGCCUGGAGAUGGUGGGAAACUGUUCCUGGGAGGCCCAUCCCGGGGACAGGAACAAGAUGUGUCCCGGCGUGAGCGAGGCCCCGGCGCUCUACGGCCGUGGCUUCCUGACCAUCGAGCAGAUCGCCACGCCGCCACCGCCGGCCGUCAUGGACUACAUCUUCCUGCUCCUGUGUCUGUGCGGCCUGGUGGGCAACGGGCUGGUCCUGUGGUUUUUCGGCUUCUCCAUCAAGAGGAGCCCCUUCUCCGUCUACUUCCUGCACCUGGCCGGCGCUGACGCCGGCUACCUCUGCAGCAAGACCGUGCUCUCCGUCCUGAACACGGGCGGCUUCCUGGGCACGUUCGCCGCCUACGUCCGCGCCGUGUGCAGGGUCGCGGGGCUCUGCAUGUUUGUCGCCGGCGUGAGCCUCCUGCCGGCCAUCAGCUCGGAGCGCUGCCUGUCGGUCGUCUUCCCCGCCUGGUUCUGGCGCCGUCGGCCCAAGCGCCUGUCGGCCGUGGUGUGCGCCCUGCUCUGGGCCCUGUCGCUCCUGGUCACCACCGUCCACAACUACUUCUGCGUGUUCCUGGGCCACCGAGCGUCCGGCGUGGGCUGCAGGCACAUGGACGCCUUCCUGGGCAUCCUGCUUUUCCUGGUCUUCUGCCCGCUCAUGGUGCUGCCCUGCCUGGUGCUCAUCCUGCACACGGAGUGCAGGGCCCGGAGGCGCCAGCGCUCCGCGAAGCUCAGCCACGUCGUCCUGGCCAUGGUUUCGGUGUUCCUCGUGUCCUCCAUCUACCUGGGGGUCGACUGGUUCCUCUUUUGGGUCUUCCAGAUCCCGGCCCCCUUCCCCGAGUAUGUCACCGACCUGUGCAUCUGCAUCAACAGCAGUGCCAAGCCGGUCGUGUACUUCCUGGCCGGGAGGGACAAGUCACAGCGGCUGUGGGAGCCUCUCAGGGUGGUCUUCCAGCGGGCCCUGCGAGACGGCGCCGAGCUGGGGGAGGCCGGGGGCGGCACGCCCAACACGGUCACCAUGGAGAUGCAGUGCCCCUCUGGGAACGCCUCCUGAGAGGCCAGCGCCCGGGGUGGGGGGAGGCAGGGACCACGGCCUCCAGAGACCUUCUGCCGCAGGACGGGAGCUCGGCCACCGCCCCGGGGCCCAAGUGCAAGGAGAAAAGUCGCUUCCUGCCCUCGCGCCUCCUUCCCCGCGGGCUGGAGGCUCUAGGGGCCACCGGGAGACUGAGAAGCCACCUGCAAACGGGCCCCGACAGACCCCCCCCCCCACCCAGACAUUGUCCUCGGCGCCCAGAGGCCUACUGUAUGGAAGUCACCCCGGGCCGGUCAAGGGGAGGCGGGGGGUCAUCCAGGCCCAUCCGCCUCCUGCCCCUUUGAAUCUGCCCUCCUUGAAAACGACACAGCCAGCACGGUCGCCCCCGGGGUCAGCAGCUGCGCCCCCGCUAGGGCACCUGUUCUCUCCAUUCCAUCCAGUCCAAGCAAUGUUGGGGAGCCGACCUGAGCGCAAUGGUGCUACCUGGGAGAAGGUUCUGGUUAACCUGCCUUGGAGUUCGGUCUUUCUGCACACAACGCCCCAGCCCCCGUCCAGGAAUCCUUUGGGGACUUUAAUGGGGGCAGAGGGGGGGUGGUUUCCGGUCAUGGCAAGCAGCCUGCCGGGACGGAGCUCGGGCCAGCGUGGGCAGAUCACUCCCUUCUCGGACUCCAUGAGGCCAGCCCCGGGACCCCCUCCGGAGCGCAGGCUGCCAUGUGCCUGGUCCUCGGGGCUCGGCAGACCGGCCAGCAGCCUCUGGGCUCCAGCCCCCGCCUGGGAGCAGGCGCUGGCUCGACCCGGCCACCCCAGCCCACCUGCAAGCACAGUGGCCCUGUGCAGCCCAUGCAAGUUUUAUGGAAGCCAAUAAAUGUGUAUCAAUAAACAUUUUAUAUCGUGCACUGA